AUGCACCGACGAGAAGGACUCGGCAAAUCUGGCAAGCCCCUCCACCACAAAGGGUCAUCCUUCCACCGUGUAAUCCCCAAUUUCAUUUGUCAGAGCAGUGACUUCACUGUGGGUAACGAUACUGGUGGCAAGUCGAUCUACGACGCCAAGUUUACCGACGAGAACAUCAUGAGAAAGCACACCGGGACCUGUCGAUGGCGAAGACUGGUGGUGGAGGAGUACGACAUAUUGAAGGCGGUGGAGAAUGUCGGGUUGGGGAGCCACCAGACCUCGAAUCAUGUGGUGAUCGUCGACUGCAACCAACUCCAGAUCUGA